AUGUCUAAAGCUUUUGAUAGAGUAGAAUGGAGUUAUCUGAGAUCUCUUCUCCUUGCCCUUGGUUUUCAUGAAAAAUGGGUUAAUUGGGUCAUGAUCUGUGUAUCCUCGGUAACGUUUUCAGUUCUAAUCAAUGAUUGUCCCUUUGGAAUGAUUGUCCCACAGAGAGGAUUAAGACAGGGAGAUUCCUUAUCUCCUUUCCUGUUCGUGUUAUGCACUGAAGGAUUUACCCAUCUGUUGAAUAAAGCACAAGGUGAAGGAAAGAUAGAAGGUUUCCAGUUCUCAGAAGACGGACCAAUGGUGCACCACCUCCUGUUCGCGGAUGAUAGCCUCUUCAUGUGUAAAGCGUCAAGGGAAGAAGCUAAGGUACUGCAAAGCAUUAUGAAAGUCUAUGGAGAUGCUACAGGUCAAACCAUCAACCUGAAUAAGUCAGGCAUCACUUUUGGAGUCAAAGUGAAUGGUCAUAUCAAAGAGGACAUUAAAUUAUGCUUAGGUAUUGUGGCUGAAGGAGGUGCAGGGAAUUAUUUGGGGUUACCAGAAUGCUUUAGUGGUUUAAAAGUGGAGAUCCUUAACUAUCUCAAAGAUGGUUUGAAGGCUAAGUUAUCUGGUUGGUUCUCAAGAUGCUUAUCGCAAGGUGGCAAAGAGGUGUUAUUAAAAUCAGUAGCAUUAGCGAUGCCAGUUUUCGCCAUGUCAUGCUUCAAGCUUCCGGUAACCACGUGUGCUAACCUGGAAAGUGCAAUGGCGUCCUUAUGGUGGAAUGAUUGUGAACAUUCUAAGAAAAUUCAUUGGCAAAGCUGGGAGCGAUUGUGUCUAGCAAAAGAGGAUGGGGGUUUGGGAUUCAGAGGGAUUCAAUCCUUUAAUCAAGCUUUGUUGGCUAAACAAGCAUGGAGGCUACUGCAAAAUCAAAACUGUCUGUUAGCGAGACUCAUGAAAAGUAGGUACUAUGUGGACUCGGAGUUCCUCACUGCAGUAUUAGGACAGAGACCAUCUUUUGCAUGGAAGAGUAUUUUGCAUGGUCGAGACCUUCUCUACAAAGGCAUCACAAAAAAGGUUGGUAAUGGAGAGUCCCUAAAUGUUUGGUUAGACAAGUGGAUUGAAGAUGAGGAUGGUCCUAGAGCUCCUUGGAGGAAAAAUCAGUUUAUUGUGGUGGGUCUAAAGAGCUAUUAA